CCGGAAGUCUCCUAUUGUGGCAGCAACAAUUGUCAGCGUCACGGAGCUCACUGUAACGGCGUGACUUGGAAAUGUUGCCGGGUGCUGGAAACAUGUCGCUUAAGGCAGAGGACGACGACUUUGAGUGGGAGCCGCCGUCGGAGGCCGAGAUGAAGGUGAUCCAGGCGCGGCGGGAGCGGCAGGACAAGAUCAGCAAGCUGAUGGGAGACUACCUGCUGAAGGGCUACAAGAUGCUGGGGGAGUGCUGCGACCAGUGUGGGACGAUCCUUUUACAGGACAAACAGAAGAAGAAUUAUUGCGUGGCGUGUCAAGAGCUGGAUUCAGACGUCGACAAGGACAACCCGGCGCUCAAUGCCCAGGCCGCCCUGUCGCAGGUGCGGGAGAGACAGUUGGCGGCCAACCCCCUCGCUCUGGUGAACGGGGCCGCCCCCGGUGACCAGUCCCCCUCCGUCCCCGGCCUGCCACGCCCGGAGCACUGCGAGGGCGCGGCCUCGGGCCUGCGGGGAGCCCUGCCGGUGCAGCCCAACCCCGCCUCGUCCCUCCCGGGCCCCGCCCCGCCCCUGCCGCCGGCCGCCGCCGCCCCCGCCCCGGCGCAGCAGAGCCAGCCGCCGCCGCCGGCGUUGCCGGGGCAACACUCCGCCACGCAGUGCGCGGAGGAGGCGGUGCUGCAGAAGAUGCGCUGGGCCACGCAGGAGCUGCAGCACUCCUGCUCGGUGGAGGCCAGCAUGCAGCUCUGCGGCCUGAUCCGGAGCUGCGCCGAGUCGCUGCGCAGCCUGCGGGACCUGCAGCUCUCCUGACGCUCUUAGCACGUUAGCACGUUAGCUCCCCCCCCGCCCCCCCCCCCCCCCGCGCGCGCGCGACAGCCAGUCCCAACCGGCGCUGAGCCACACUCGAGGUCGGAAAAUUUCGAUGGUCUUGUUUACUGGUGGUCAAAAAAAAAAAAUAAUGUUGAUUUUAAAAGAAAAAGAGCCUUGUGUGUGUGUUUUUCUGUUUUUGUUUUUUGGGUUUGUGCCUCAGAGGGUGGUAUGGCUUGGUUGUAAACCGCUGAUGUUAGCGCUGUGUUGACGUUGCACUUCGUUCAGCAGAGAGUCUGCGGCUCGCGAUGGUUGGGGAUUGGGAGUGUGAUGCGGGGUGGAGAGCCGGGGCGAGGUGUGCGUUCAUUCCUCAGAUUCUUGCCUCUAGUGUUAUGGGGGAGGUGUCAUCUAUUGACGCGAAUCCCCUGCUGUUGCAUAGAAACUCCGAAACUGUGGAGGAAAAGGAAAUGUUAAAAUUUUGUCUUUGUUUUAAUCGUCUUAAAUCCCACCUGCGCAGCUCCCAAGCAAGUAGAACUGCAGUUUCCCCUGUGUUUCACGUUAGGCUGCCCGGAUGUUUUCCGGCCCAUUUUCACACCCGUCUCAGGAACCUGGUUUUGACUAAAAGUGUGCAGUUAACUGGACCUGUGGACUUUGGUGGGAAGUGGGUGACCACAUGUAUCUGCUGUGCUGCAACCCAUUAAAGCUGAUCUGGACACCA